UGUGUGUGUGUCUUCAGUCUCAUGUAAGUUUUUUUCUCUGUCUGUUCUCUGAAACCCCGUCGGCUCGUCGCUGCUCCACAUCUCAGCCGGUGAGACAUAAAAACUCGUCUGUUCCCUCCAGUGUUUUGGACCAUGGGAGGUUAUUAUGGGCUGUUGGUUCUGGUGGCAGUCGCUUUGCUUCUGUCGACCGGCCGAUGUGAUGUGAGCUGCACGGGGAGAGACGGCCAACCAGGACAGGCAGGGAUACCUGGGAGAAAUGGAUGGGCUGGAGCCAAGGGAGAGAAAGGAGAGCCAGCUGUGAUGGCCAGCGGUCCGGUGGAUCCAGCGGUCCUGCUGAGGCUGAAGGGGGAGAGGGGGAAUCGGGGAAAUCAAGGGCUCAUGGGUCCAAAAGGUUACCAAGGACAGGUGGGACCAGCAGGUUUCCCUGGUGAACCUGGUCGUCCUGGUCCUGAAGGGAGGAACAUCGGCCAAGGUGUUCACUCCCCUCAGCAGGCCCGUUCAGCCUUCUCAGCCGUGAGGACUCAUUCCAGUUAUCCUCGCUUCGACCAGGCUGUAACCUACCAGACUACUGUGUUCAAAACUCAAGAGGACUUUAACGCAGCCACAGGUCACUUCACCUGCAGAGUUCCUGGUGUUUAUUACUUCACCUUCAACUCAGUCGCCAAGGCCAGCAUGUGUCUGCGUAUAGCCAGCGAAGCUCUGGCCAACAAGCUGGGCUUCUGUGAUUACAAAGGGAGCGGAGAUCAGGUGCUGUCGGGCGGCGCGGUCAUACAGCUCAGAGCUGGACAGAAGGUUUGGCUCGAGUCCUUCAGGGACCAGCAGAGAGACACUGACGCAAGAGACCUCAACGACAAGCAGAUCAUCUUCAGCGGCUUCCUGCUCUUCUCAGAUUCAGAGUAAAGUUCCGUCACGCGCUCGGUGACGUCACAACAACAUGGACGCAUUUCAGACGUUAGCAUCUGUUAGCAGCUGUUAGCAUCUGUGAAACAUCAGCGAUGGUUUGGUUUCAAAUUCACUUGAUCUGUUUCCUUCAUAUCGUCUCAUGUAAAUGUCUUUGAAUGUUGUUUUUGUCUGCGAGUGCAACUAAAACUAAAUUAAAGUUUUAUCACUGUACAUGUGCGUGUUGUGGAAUAUUAAAGGAGCGACACGCAGAUUUUAGAGGCAAGCACCGAUUUUGUCGCAGUUCCCAGAACUUUAAAUGUAUCAUCAAAGUUCACAGUUUCAUGAUAUAACAACAAAUAAAUGUUUUUGUUAAAAGUAAACGUUUAUCACUAGUUAUAUUUUUCACUGAUGUGAUGCAACAUUAACAGAAAUCAGCAAAUGUAGAGUCAGGAUCCAGUCCUGCUGUUGAAGCAUAAACACACUUUAUUGUGUUAUUGUACAAUAAUGAUUUGAAUUAAAAUCUUUGGUUUCACCUGAAUACAUGCAAAAAUAUUUUUAAAUGUUUUAAUAUAAAUCUGGAUCCAGAUCUUAAACAAGCUAAUUUCUGCCAUAAAACAAGUAAAAGUCAUUAUAAAAAGAUUGAAAAUAAACACAAAAAUGCAUCUAGUUAGAAGAAAUUGUAGUAAACUGAACUAAAUUAAAAACUUAAUAAUUUGGAUUUACAUUUACACAAAGUGCACCUGAAACAUUUGUCAUGAUUCAGGUUUUGAUUCUGUUACUUCCUGUUUUAUUUUGAAAUUGUGCCCUUAUGUGGAGUGUUUUCCCGCCCUUUACCUGUGCUCACCUGAGUCUUGCUGUGUUAUCUCGUGUCAUGUUUCUGGUUUUUAUUCCUCUUAGUGUUUUCCUGACUUGUACUUUCUUCUGGUUGUAACUUGUUUUUAGCUUUUGUGUUUUUACUUUGUAUUUUUGGGGGAUUUGCACUUUUGUCACUCAGCUUGUGUUAAAUAAAGCUUUGUUGUCCAUCCUGA